UCGCCACUUAACACAGUAAAAUUUAAACACAUUUGAGGUUAGGAUUUCCAUUGUCAGGAUUGUUAGAGAUCUGUUACAAUUUAUACCACGUGUUCCGGAUUUUUAGUACGUGAUAUAGUAGUUAUUACGAAGAUAUCUUGGGAGAAUAUAAUUUCUUAAAAUAAAAUUAGAAUUCCAUAUUCGUUACUCAAAUAAUGUAUCACUAUUUAGAUAAAAUAUAAUUAAUUUACUAUUACGAUUAUGAUUUAGAUAUAUAAAAACAAAAUGGGAAAAUCAUUACGUAGUAAAUGGAAGAGGAAGUGUAGAGCAAUUAAAAGGGAACGCUAUAAAGUAAAAGAAUUAGAAAGACUAAAAAAGACGUUAGGUAUUGAUGAGAAUGGGAUACCAGAUGUUGAAAUGUCAGAAAUAUCAAAAAUUGCUACAGUUGUUGAUGCCAAGACAAUAAAGGAAAAUGAAAAAGCUAAUGAUGACACUAAAGCGGAUAAUGAAAAAAUGGAUGUGGAUACUGAUAAAAGGAUAUAUAAUAAAAAAACAAUGUUGGAUCAGUAUGGAAAUUAUCCUAUAUGGAUGAACAGACGAAAGAUUAUGAAGAUCAAGAAGGGUAGACCAAAAAAGCAAAAGGGAAACAUAAAGCCACAUAAGAGGUUAACAAGGAGACAGAGGAAAGCAAUGAAGCAACAGUAAAUCUUCUAUAUAAAAUUGAUAGCAUUGAUUAAUAGUACUGUUCUUUACUUUUGUAUUAGUAAGUAACAAAAGUAAAUUGUAUUAUUAUAGUAAACUGUUAUACUAAUUA